AUGCCCCCAAAGGUGGGUUCAAGUUGCAGUGCAAAGAACACAACUAGUGUGAAACACACAAAGGCCACAAAAAAACGACCCACACGCAAGAAUGCUAAAGCAAUUAAAAAACCAGGCAAAAACACGGGUUUGAACUUGCCCUUAAACUCAGACACAAGCCAGGUCAGUGUCCAUGCUGAGCAACCCCAGCCUCCAGUGUCCUACAAGCAUUUUGUCUCGUUGAUCAACUCAGAAGGCAUGGACAAAGAUUUCCAGGAUAAUGAGAUAGAGGAGGAUGAGAUGGAGGAAGGUGAUAUAGGGGAUAAUGAGAUGGAGGAUGACAAUGAAGGUUUUGGGCAGCUAGGCCCACCAUGGGGCUAUGCUUAG